AUGGUAUACAAUAUCACCGAGAAGGAAACCCAGCCUACAGUCCGGAGCCAUAACAACGGCUCGACCGAGGAACUUCUGGAUCGGUUUGCGGUCUCAGAGAUUGUGAAGGGAUGGCCUUUGUAUCGAGAUGCGUCAGAAUGGAAUAAUUAUCGGGAUUGUUUCUCAGAAGAGGGAACGUAUAUCUUUACUACAUGGAGUGGCGGUAUGGACAUCGACGAAUUCAUCGAAGUGUCGAAGCAAGGUCGCGCAAACGGCGACUUCAUCAUGCAUCGCGAAUGUGGUACGUUGGUCGACUUGAACAAAACUCGAGACCGCGCCGUUGCCAAGAUGAAGACAACAAUUACACAACGCUUCAUUCAGGACGGGGUCACUUUCGACGUGGACUGCGACAAUCGUUUCAUUUUCUUCUGCCAGAGGGAGCUUUCAAAGGCCACUGGUCGGACAGGGUGGAAGGCGAGGUACUACAAGGUUAUUUACGAGAAAGACCGCAUAAUUCCCGUUGAUGGCAGGAACGCUCCAGUCUUUACCGAUGAAGAAACUGGGAUUUAUCCUGAGGGAUACAAGUAUCUAGGUGCAGCGCAGGCACGGCUUGGGCAUAAAGUAAUGACUGAUUUGCCCACUUUAGACAGUGAGGGGCUGACAAAGAUGUAUCGAGCUAUGGACACUUGGCUUGAAGGUGGCGACCCCGAGUCUUUGUUAGGAAUUAAGCGAUGA